AUGGCCACCAGGGUCCUCGACACGCUCGCCGUCGCGGCGGAGGACGGCUGCGGGGGCAGCGGCGCCGCGCUGCCGCUCACCUUCUUCGACGUGCCCUGGAUCUUCACCGGCCCCGUGGAGCGCGUCUUCUUCUACCCCUACCCGCACCCGCCCGAGCAGUUCCGGGCCGCCCUCCUGCCGCGCCUCGUCUCCUCCCUCUCCGCCGCGCUGGGCAAGUUCUACCCUCUCCUCGGCCGCGUCCGCCCCUGCCCGGACGGCGGCGGGUACGAGUUCUUCUUGCCCGCGGGAGGAGGGGGUGGCGGUGACACCGUCGAGCUCACCGUCGCCGAGAGCGAGGAUGAUUUCGACGAGCUCUCCGGCGACGGUCCCCGGGACGUCGCCCGGCUCUACUCGCUCGUGCCGCGGCUUCCGGUGGUUGAGGGGAGCGGGGACGGCGGGUUCGCGCUCGCCGCGGUCCAGGUGACCGUGUUCGCCGGGCGCGGGGUCGCCCUCGGCGUGUCCAUCCACCACGUCGCCUGCGAUGACUCGAGCUACAUGCAUUUCGUCAAGACCUGGGCCGGCCACUGCCGGUUGGCUUCCGGUGGGGAGGACGCCGGCACCGCGCUGCCGCCCCCGCCGUUCCUGGACCGCGCGGUCAUCGCGGACCCCCGAGGGCUUGCCGCCAGGACGCUCGACGAAAUGCGGCAGCUGGCGGCCAACGGGCCUCCUCCUCCACCCCCGGCGCCGGUAGGCCCGCCGCCCAAGCUGGUCAUCCGGUCGUUCACGCUGGCCCGCGGCUGCAUCGACAAGCUGAAGCAGCGCGUGGCCGCCGACGCCAAGGACGCGUCAACCCACUGCUCGGCGUUCACGGUGGCGUGCGCGUUCGCGUGGGCCUGCCUGGCGCGCUCCUGCUCCGCCGACGCCCCCUCCCCCGCCUCCGACGAGCGCGCGCACCUGCUCUUCUCGGUGGAGUGCCGGCGCCGCCUGUCCCCGCCGGUGCCGCAGGAGUACCUGGGCAACUGCCUGCGGCCCUGCUUCGUGGAGGUGAGCACUCGCGACCUGCUUGGCGCGGACGGGGUGACCACGGCCGCCGCGGCGAUCGGCGCGGCCAUCCGGGCGCUGGACGGGGACGGCGUGCUGGCGGGCGCCGAGGGGUGGUUCGAGAAGAUCCUGUCGCUGGUGCCGCGGCGGCCCAUGUCCGUGGGCGGCUCGCCGCGGUACGGCGUGUACGACACCGACUUCGGGCUGGGGCGGCCGAGCAAGGUGGAGCUGGUGUCCAUCGACAAGACCCCCGGCACGGUGUCGCUGGCCGAGGGCACCGACGGGCAGCGCGGGAUCGAGGUCGGCGUGGCGCUGCCGGAGGCCGACAUGGCGCGGUUCGCCGCGUGCUUCUCCGACGGCCUGCGCCAGCUAUGA